AUGUCGCACUUAAGCUUUAAAUCCACAAUCGAACCAGCUAAAUUGAAGCUUAUUUUCGAGCUCGCUGAAACUACAAGUUCGGGAUUGUCGCCAAAAGAGUAUAGUCUGUUUUGGUCAAAAAAAUUAGUCUCUUUCAUUCUAAGCGGCCGCUAUGGUAGAGGCUUCUAUCUUGAGGAUAAGAGCGGCGACAUUGUUGCUGGGCUUGUUGUAUCUCACCAUCGCGCAAUGUAUAAGGAACCACCCAAGGGUAUUUCUGCCAUUCCGGAUCCAACUGCUUUCGGGGUCAAUUCCAUCCUGGGCUUGCGUGUUUCGCAUCUUUAUGUUAAAGAGGGUGCAAAUGAGAAGGAAAUAGUCGAAAGACUCCUAGGUAAGGCUAUCUCUGCAGUCGAAGAGGAGUUGCUCAAGAGAGAGCUCUCAAAAUCUUCUGAUAAAAAUGACAGUUUCAAGCAAAUGGUCACCGAUACGUCUGGCAAGGUAGAUUCCACCCUUGCAAACUAUUAUCUCUCCAAAAAGUAUUUCUGGUUUACCCACUCCAGUACUGUAAAGGAAUUGGAACCAUUUGGGUUUAAGAGUAGUCCGCUAGAGGGCUACAGGAUUCCGGAACCUUAUUUGAAGAGUGAGACCGUGUCUUUGGUACUGAAGUUGCUCGAACUGGAUUCGAAACUAGGCACAGGAAAGUCAUUGAAGCUUCUCGAUGUAAAAAACAACAAUGACAAGGACUUGAUUCGUGUUAUUAUGCAAGAAAUCGAGCUCGAGACCGUUUCUCAAUUGAACAAGAGUACCUACCAUUCUGAACUCUCUGGCGGAAUAAGGUCUUCGCUGUCGUUGACCAAUGUUGAUACUGCUAUUUCUGCAGCUAAGUUGGGUUCCUUCAAUGAACUCACUGCUAUAUCUGAACAAAUGGCGGCAACUAGUAUUGGGCUGUCAAAACAAGGAUCAGACGAUUCAGUCAGGAGAAGAUCGUCUACUGCCUUUCUGGUUGGGGUUCCUCGAUUCUCAUUACUCCCAGACUUCUCGUACCUUGAGAAUGGAUACGAGUAUGAGCAGCUUGUGGCAGAGAAGACUGCAUCUCUAGGAAAAGACGUAGCUUCCAUUCAGGGUGCCAUUCUCACCAAUGAGUUACAGCGCAAGUCGUUUUACAUUCUUUGGAAAAUAUUGCCGGGAAAUACUUUCCAGAUCAUAGGCAUGGGUGAGCUCAAAACUGAUGGAGGUUUCGGUUCGUUUGGAAAUGACGGAUCAAGGGGAGGGGAUCCAUUCACUCGCAGAAGAGGUUCCUCGUUUACCGGAAUCAAUGAGAUGGGUGGAUUCAACUUUCAAGACUUAGACAUCUUAAUUUCGACUGCCAUUUAUAUUGCCAACAAAAAGCUUGUGGACGCUCCAGUUUUCGUUCUGCUCAAUGACUUGCCUAUGAGUAUCCCAACGCCGCUCUUACAUGACUUCUUCCAGACCUACAUGGUGAAGAGACUCAAUGGUGAAAAUGAAGAAACUACAAAGGAAUCUGAAAUUGAGUACGUACCAGACUUCGCUCUGUACAAAUUGAUUCCAAUGUUGAGAAAGUUCGGAUCUCUGAGCAUCAGCUUUGAAAUUGACUGGAUAAGGAACAGUGUAAUGCAAUAUUAA